CAGUUCCGCUCUCGGUGCUAAUAUGACGCGCCGGUUGCACGGAAGACGCCGGUCAAGUUGCACAUUAAAUUAGACAGUUGUUCCUGUUGGUUCUCUGUAUUCACAAGAUCUUGUUAUCUUUAUUGACUGUGUACAAAUAUUUUGGACUACACCCGUGUUCGUCUUUAGACAUCAACAUUCCUAGAAGUCAGUGAGGUGUCCGGUCGCAUGCUGCUGCUGAUGCUGGUGGUGGCGGCCGGCGCGCGCGCCGUCGCCGCCGCGGACCUCUGCUCGCUGCACCUCAUCCCCUCCAACACCACCUACAUGCAGUUCACCAAGGAACCGGUCCCGCUCGAGUACGGAUUCCAGGGCCAGUUUAAAAGCAUCCACUGCUGCGUGAAAGGAUACCGAAGCAUCGAAUGGUUCAAAGACGGCAUACCGUACCCAUGGCCGGCGGGUUUGUCCAACCUCAUCCUGUACCCAGAGGCGGGCAACCAGACGCUCUACGUGCGGCGCGCAUCGCGCUCCGACUCCGGCGAGUACGUCUGCCGCGUGUCCAACCAGACCCACACGCAGGACCAUCUCAUCACCCUGCAGAUCUUCAGUAAAGUUACCAAUGCUCCAAGAACAAUGUAUGUGAGCCGAGAUCAGUCGGUUGAAGAGGGCGCACCUCUUCGCUUGUUCUGUGAAGCUCUGAUUGAAAGGACUCAUCUGGCCGAUGCAGUCAGCGAUUUAAAAUGGAAGAGAGUUUGGCCGAAUGGGACCGAAGGGGACUUGCUGCCCACUCAAAAAGAAAUAAACACAUCUCGGGAGGACGUGCCGAACAUCUUCGGAUCGUACUUAAUGGUGGACCGCGUGUCGCCGGCCGACUACGGCAAGUUCGUGUGCGUCGCGCACAGCAACAACGUGCCCGUGCGCUCAUUCGUCGUCGUCAGCCCUCCCCUGCCGCCGGAAGAGCCGUGGCACGUAGACUCGGUGCCGUGGCGCGCGCUGGUGCUGGGCGGCGGCGCGCUGGCGUGCGUGGCGCUGGCCGCGGCCGCGCUGCACCGACGCUGCACGCCGCGCCUGCGGCUGCUGGCACGCCGCGCACGCGCUCUUGCCACCACGCCGGCUCAGAGAGCGCGAGUGCUGGGCAAGGAGUUCGACGUGCUGGUGUGCUGGACGCCUGUGGACCGGGAACUGGUGCGCGGCGCGCUGCUGCCCACGCUUCAGCACAAGUAUAAGUACCGCGUGCAUGGCAUGCAAGUGCCCACCGAGCCUGACCAUUGGUACCAUGAGCUGGAGGGCGGGUGCGCGCGCUGCCGGGCGCUGGUCGCCGUGAUGUCGCCCGCGCAGUACUCGCCCGCGCAGCUGCUCAUGUCGCUGCGCCAACUGCGCGCGCUGCCCACGCCCCCCGUCGUCGUGCUGCUACAGGAUCUGCCGGACCUGAAACGCGAAGCCAAAGAUUCUGGAGAAACUUUGGUGAAUAUCUUGCGACGCACGCGGCUGAUCCCCUGGCGCAGCCUGCAGGACCGCGAGUUCUGGACCCAGCUGCGUCUCGCACUGCCCCUGCCGCCGCCCUCGUCACCGGCGCCCGCCUCCCCUCAACACAGUGGCCAGAAUCUGAUCCCUGCUGAAACUGAAGACAAUACGAAUUCCCGAUCCGGUAGUCUUACAGCUCUCGUGGUGUAAACGUAAACGACGAGACAAACGGAUUCUCAGCAAGCUUCGAGUUGGGUUGGCUUCUACAUUCGAAACUAGCGCUACAAUUAACACAAUUUAGUCACUGUAAGCUUGUUAUUAAAUAGAAAUAAUCAUAUCAAAUAGUCACAAAUACAUUAAUGAGCAAAGAAAACGGGUAAUUGCAGAAUGUCCAGUAUGAGCUAACCCAUAUUCAUUGCUCGUGAAUAUACCUAUGAAAAAAAAAUUAAAAUUUCAAGCCGUAGUCUUAUAUUUAUAAGAUGAUAACGCAUCUCUGUAUUCUGAAAGUUAUUUGUUGCGUUUGAGGUAAAUCGUUAGAAGUAAGUAUUUAAGUAAUUAAUUUAUUAUUUAAUUAAUCAAACCUUAUAUUACAAUAUCCUAAAUCAUGGCUGCUGAUAGGCCACGCGUGGCUAGAGCCUUCAUGUUCAUUGGCGGUACCUAAGUUGUGGAAUAUUAAAAUAGUGUCGCGACCUGCGGAAAAAUAGCAUUUAAUCCAAUUUAUCUUUCUCUAGUGUUUGGAAACUAUUAAGUUAAACAGUACCUAAUAUAUAGUUGAACUGAGCUCCACUUUUUCGGUCAGAUUAUACAAGUAGACAGUUUUCAAAGAUCUCUAAGUAAUCUUAAUGUUAUUUUAACCUUUUCGCCGCCAUUGACUUGAUAUAAAUUUAGUACCUUACCUACAUUUCGUGCUCCACACUCCACUUGAUAUAUUAUAGGUACGGGUUGUCUACGUGCAAUUUAUGACAUAUAUACUUUAUUACUUCAUUGACGUGGCGGCGAAAAGGUUAAACACUUGUGUAUACGAUUAUUUGGUACCAAUUAGCGUUAUAAUAUAAUAGAAAUGUUAUAGUUAAUGUGCCAAAAUAUUUCGACUUUUUACAAUUAUAAAUUACAAUAUAUAUACGAAUAAGUAAGAAAUUUUACGAUGUUUUAAUUAUUUCUAAGAACUGAACUGUGCCGCGCGAUUUAGAGGUACCUAAUAAAAGACUGAAUUCGAGCUAUCACAGGGUAAAAUUCAGUGGCCCGUUCACAACUUACACAAUUUUAAUGCAACGACCUUAGGACGUUUGCCUUUAUUUUAUUUAUAGUCGGUAUUAACCCUCGGAUUGGGGCCUGUGAUAAUAAUAAAAUGGAACUAGUUUACGCUGGGACAAGUAUACGUAUGUACUACAUACAUAGCUAAGGUAUUGCUCAAAACUAUUCAGUUGUGUUGAAUUCCUUUGCAUUUGCACAAUCAGAUCAUUGAUCUAUUUUGUAUCCUGAAAAAAAAACCGAGUAAAUUGUACCUACUGUAAGACAUUAUUUUUGUUUAUAGUUAUCUAAAUUAGAUACCUAUGUGUAUGUAACAAUACUAACCGAAGCGAAGUAUAUUUUUUUGCCACAAUUGUUAACAGGUGGCUGAUGUCCAUAUUGGG